GAACAGAGGGAGAUGGAUGAGAGGAGAAGGGAGGCCGCAAAGGGCAUCAAACACUUUAAUGAGAGGGAUCUUCACAAAGUGGAGGCAAAGCUUCAGGAGAAACAGCUGAGGGAAAAAGAGGAAGAGGAAAGACAGAGAAGAAUUGCUGCUAAAUUGAAGGAGAAGGUGGAUGGUCACAUCAGCAGAGACCCUUCCAGGCUUACCCGUCCCACUAAAGGAUGGGAGGAGCGAAUGAAAUGCAUUGGUCCUUCAGGAGGAGGGCCUGUUCUACAGAUGUUUCACAGAGCUGUUCCCACUUGGAGAGAGGGACUGUGAGGAGCAACAUUGGAGGCCAACCGAG